UCCCAUUCCCUUCCCUGGACCUUCUACGAAGAACAUCCAACGUCGACCACGGGAAUUUGACUCCCUCUCCCGCCGUGGUCAAUACGACGUUGAUCUCAUUCAUCUCAAAUUGUGCUUUACAGGUUGUUGAUGGCUUCUUCUGAUUUAUGGUUAAGGGAAUAUAAUGAAGCCUCUAAGCUUGGGGAUGAUAUCAAUGGCAUGAUUUCUGAAAGAAGUUCCGUUCCUGCAACUGGACCAGAAGCUCAACGUCAUGCCUUCGCGAUUCGGAGGAAAAUCACGAUUUUGGGGACUAAAGUUGAUGGCUUAGAGUCCCUUUUGUUGAAGCUUCCUGUAAAGCAGCCCCUGUCCGAAAAGGAGAUAAAUCGACGAAAGGACAUGCUUGCUCAGAUGAGAUCAAAAGUAAACCAGAUGGCCUCAACGUUGAACAUGUCAAACUUCGCUAACCGCAACAGUUUGCUUGGCCCGGAUAUGAAAUCAGCGGAUGUAAUGAGCAAAACAGCUGAACUAGACAACCAAGGACUUGUUGGUUUUCAAAGACAAAUCAUGAAGGAGCAAGAUGAAGGUCUUGAAAAGUUGGAGGAGACUAUAAGAAGUACAAAACAUAUUGCUUUGGCAGUUAAUGAAGAACUCGAUCUUCAUACUCGCCUAAUUGAUGACUUAGACCAGCAUGUCGAUGUUACAGACUCUCGAUUAGCGAGAUUGGGAAUAUUGAACAAGCGAGCAAAGGGGAGCUGCUCUUGCUUGGGAAUGCUUCUGUCUGUGGUAGGUAUUGUGGGUUUAAUUGCUGUCAUAUGGCUACUCAUUCGAUACUUGUAAACACAACAUAACCAUAUGGGUAUAGAUUCUUCACUUUAUGAUUAAUAUCAUCAUCCAUAAUUGUCCAGUAA